AGCCACAGCCGCUGACCGCUUCUCCAUGAGAGGACCGUGACCUUCCCGCGCCGUCGCCACUGAGUCUUACAAUGUGGUUUCAGGAUGCCCCAGAGACCCGUCGACCUCCGAGGGGCGUUUGGCUCUCGGUGCUGCUGCUGCUGGGGCUGAUGAGUCUGGGCAUUGCCCCCAAAGGGGGCCUGGUUCUGGCCCGGAAUUGCCCCAAGGCCUGUGUGUGCGCCAGUAACAUCAUCAGCUGCUCCAAGGCUUCCCUGACAUCUUUUCCUGUUCGCAUCCCUCAGUAUGCUGCCGUGCUGGACUUCAGUCAUAACGAGCUGAGCCGCCUGAAAGCAGAAUGGGCCCCCUCCCGUCUCUCUCAUCUUCACUCGCUGGUCCUGAGCCACAACAGCCUUUACUUCAUCUCCACCGAGGCCUUCAGCAAUGUCCCUCACCUCAAGUACUUAGACCUCUCCUCUAACGCCAUUACCUCGCUAGAUGAGAACAUCUUCAGUAAGCUGGUGGAGUUAGAGGUCCUGCUCCUCUACAGCAACAAGAUCACCAAGAUUGACCGCUCAGCUUUUGAGGAGAUGAGCCACCUUCAGAAACUAUACCUGAGCCAUAAUAAAAUCUCCCGCUUACCGCUGGAGCUGGUGAAAACGGACGCGGCGAAACUCCCUCGGCUCUCCUUGCUAGACCUUUCCUCCAAUGAGAUCAAGAACCUGCUUGUGAAGGAGGUGAACAACCUCCCAGCCUGGGUGAAAAAUGGUCUGUAUGUUCAUGGCAACCCCCUCACCUGCCACUGCGAGCUCUACAACCUCUUCAGCCACUGGCAAAAAAGGCAGCUCAGCUCAGCCAUAGACUUUGAGGAGGAGCUCACAUGUCUCAAGCAGGGGAUGGAUUUUAAAAUUUCCAACCUGAGUAACCCAGAGGUCAUGAACUGCAGUGAGUUCAAGGAACAGACCUUGGAGGUCCACCGUGGGGAGCGGGUCGUCAUCAAUUGUGACACCAGGCAGCAAGAAGUGACCAACCGAGAGUGGCUGACCCCCAAGAACGAGCCUGUUCCACAGGAGGGAGACAACAGCUCCAUGACUGUGCUGACCAACGGAAGCCUUCAGAUAAAGAACAUCAGCGUGGAGGACAUGGGCCCCUACACCUGCUACGCAGUGAGCCAGGUGUUCAACGACACCUUUUAUGUGCAUGUCACAGUCCAUAACUACUCUUUGCAUGGGAUCCCUGAUACCCUCAACACCGCCUACACAACACUUGUGGGCUGUAUCCUGAGUGUCAUUCUUGUGCUCAUCUACCUUUACCUGACUCCGUGCCGUUGUUGGUGCUGCCACAGUGAGAAACAGCCUAACCAACAGGAGGACAGCAUCAACUCCUCAGUGCUCAGCACCACUCCCAACCACAACGCUGAAGGGGCAGGAGGCAAGGAGGCAUUACAUCAGCACACGGGGCCAAGCAACGCGCGAGGCCAGAAUGGCAAGUGCAAACCCAACAGCUCCCCAAAACAAGCUGCAAAAGGAGCCCAGAAGGCAGAGAGGAAAAUGUCAGAUCCAGACUCUGUCAGUUCAGUUUUCUCAGAUACUCCCAUCGUGGGAAGCUCCCAGAAUGAAAGUGGGAGAGGAGGUAGUAGAGACAAGGUAGGGCCUGAAUUAGUGGGGCUCCUGUGAUGCUUACGGCAUGGAGAAGAAGGACGUAAACCAGUUCAUUUCCAGGAGGCAUAAAAGUCAUGCCUAGUACUGUGCUUCUCCCUGCCACAGUAUGUAAUCGUGUUCCUCUUUCAUUCUCCUCCUUUCAAAAGUCCAGCGUUGAAAACCCUAAGUCCCCACUUGCUCUUGAAGCACAUCAGUUCCCCAAACCCUCCCUUCUGGAAUUGUCCUGAUGUUUCAGCUCCCAAACCUCCUGCUGAGAAAAGCAGAGCACGCGGUCAAUGGCCCAGCUGACUUACUAGUUUUCUCUGGAGUCCUGUUUUAUUGGCAUCCAUCCCACCCUUGAAGAGACUUCCUACCCAAGCAAGGAGGAGGUCCAGAGGGGCAGCCCUGUGCACCUAUCAUAGCAGAAGAGGCUGCAUCCUAUGCCCUCAUCAAUGCUACCAAUAUAAUUGUGACAUACCAGUACUAUACGUUGCAGCCUGCUCCAUCACAUGCAUGAAGUGGGCUUUAAAAAAGAUCUUUCAAGCUAUCUUUCAUGCAAAUCAACCAUAUUAUUCAUUAUAGUAGCUCCAGCUCAAGCUGAGUAGUUCCAAUUAGCCACAGCGCUAGGGGUGGGUGGGAAGGAAGCUUCCCUUUUUAAAAACAGCUUAAUGUAUUUUUAAAAAAAUGAUACAUGUAAAGAAAGUCUUUUUCCCACCAUACCAGGCUCCUCAGGAUAAAAUUCAAAGUGUUUUUAGCAAGCAGGCCAGCCUGUUUUGGAAACCACUGCCUGCUUUACCUAUUUGUUUUUUGUUUUUAAGAUUCUGGAAAAAAAAAUUAAAACUGAAAGUUUGAAAACACAGCAGUGGAAGGGAUAAUUAUGUAAUCUCUCUUCAGCAGAGAACUCCCUAAAAAGGAGUUGAACCCGAGGCUUUUAACCUCUGUGGUAUCACAGUGAUGCCACAGAAGGGACCAACAGUUUUAGAAACUGAUAAAUCAGAGCAGCUUGCUGCAAGAUUCAGCAAAGACAGGAAGACAACUUGGCGUAGCCCAAAUUGACUAUUUUCGCUUCUUGUUUCUUUGUGUGGCAGCUCAACAAUCACAUUCCCAUAAUUUUAUUACAUAGUCUUAACACGCCAUGGUUAAACCCUGGGUUCCAGCACAGCUCUUCCUCCUUCUAAAACAUCAUUGAGCCCAGAGCUUGGAGGAAGCUUGGAUAGAUCCAGGCAAUCUCGAAGUAUUUAGCAACUUUAACAUCCCCAAGUAAGGUUUUCCUCAUUAGGAGAUCUGCGAUUCUUCAAACACCAGGUGCUUGAUGAGAGAAAGUAAAACAUACAACCGAUUCUAAUUAAAAAUGGCAGCAAAGCCAUCUCUGGAGCAACGCUGCCGAGCAGCACUUCAGGCCAAGCAGAGGCCUUCGUGGAAUGUGCUUGUGCUGCAACAUAUACCACUAUAUCCAGUUUUGUUUUCUGUUAUUGGUUUUCAUUUUUAAUUCCUUCCUACCAACUCUCUGGGUUUAUCCCUCAACCUUUCUCAGGGAGCAGAAUGUAGAAAAAAAAAGGGAUACAGACUAGUUUUGAGAGUCACAAUGGCAUGAUGCUUUUUCUUCUAAUUCUACAAGAGUUCAAGAGAAGUUGUGUCCAGAUGGCACUUUGCAGAUCUCUUUGUGGGAAACUAGUAGCAUCAGCUCACAUGAGGUAAUUCUCAAGUCAGUGCAGUGAAAAGGUCCCAUACAAGCCAUGGAACUUGUCCCUGUUCCCAUUUUUCAAUACUCAGCAGAGAAGGCUGACUCCUGUCUGCUCUGCCCAACUCUGAAUGUUCCAUUCAGUAGGCAUGACCUAUGAAGCAACCCAGAAAGAGUGCUGUGAAGGGAGAUUCCCCCCUCCCUGUGAAGGGAGAGUCCCCCCCCCCAAUAUCUAUUGCACUGCAAAGGUUUCCAUUUGUUUUGGAUUCAGACUGCCUUGCUAGCUCCAGUCAAAUUGUUCGGUUGCCUGCAGAGAAGAGCUAGAAACAAUGGGGAGACACCAGAGGAAUCAGGAUGUACAGGGGAGGUCAAUGGGACCAAAUAAGCCAUAGAAUGUACUGCACAAAGAUGUGAAUGAGUCCAAACCAUUUUUGUUCCUAAAGAAGAGAGCUCUGUCCAACAGCCAUUGAAGAACCCUGCUCACGGCUCAGAGGCUUGUUGUCAUCAGUCUGUUAGAGAGACACUCUUGGACUGGGCAGAGCCGAAAGGGACUGCUAAACCAAGCCGCCAGAGGCAAACCCCUUUCACUCAAACUGACCUCUGGAACUACGGUCUUUGUUAGUUACAAUUAAGUCCUCUCAAAAGACCAAGCAGUCAAUGGGAUGAGACUGCAAACCAUGUGAAGGAGAUAAAGGAGAGGGGGCUGAAGCUUUCCUUUAAAAAAAAAAAGUGGAGUGAACGAAAAUAAUGUAUUUAAUAUAUCAAUGUACUUUCCAAUUAAAUUAUUGCAUUGGAAGUGGUGAAAGCAGGGCAUGUUUAGCAAUAACGGACCAGGAGAACUGACCAGUUUUGUACGCCUAUGGUUGCAUUAGUUCAAGUGAAAUUAUGAAAGUUGCUAUGGUCUCCAAAACUCUCUUCAUUCAAGGUUUUGCAGUAAAUCUGGUUUCUGAAAUUCCUAAAUGCCAGAUGCAAAAUUAGAAUGAAUUAAGCAGAAGGAAGACCGAGAUUCCCUGUGCAUGUUUUUAAUUAAUGAAACAAUACAUCAGCCAGGGUGUUGACAUAAUCUUCCCCAAAAUCCAGUGACCUUGUACUAUAAUAGUAUUGGCUGUGCAUUUAUUUAUCAUGCUAGAACAUUUUAAUGAACUCAGUUUACUGUGAAGCACUUCCAGGGUGGGGGUGCGGAGGGGUUAUUGUAAUAGGAAGUUGGAGGAACACCGUUUGCCACUUGUUGGGUUUCUUGUCACUUAAAUCCUUUACUUAUUUUUUGUAUUUGUGAGAAAGAGCCAGGCUGCAAAUCACAAAGGUGCAGGUGUAGCAGUAAGCCAAGGAGAGGAAUCAGUCUACUUUAAUCCAAGGCUACUGUAUCUGAAAGGAGAGGACAGAGGUCUACUAUCUGGAUAGCCACAGUGCAGACACCAGGGACGCUGGUAUAUAAUGCAGCACAACUGCAUCUCUGUGCAGCUAUCUUGACACAAACGUGUGUACCAGAUGCAUCAUCACAAGUUUCCUCAUGCUCAUAGCAUGAUUCUGUUGCACUUAAUAAGUAGGGCAUCUGAAGCUGCCUUAUGCGAAGUCGUACCAUUUGCCCAUCUAGCCAGUUCAUAUCUACUUUGCUUUGCAGUGAUUAACCCUGCUUGCAGUCAAAGCUCUUUCUCCUCCUUGAAAUCUGAGUUCAGUUAUAACUGGAGUUGGCAAGGACCAAGACUGGGCCUUUGGGCAUGCAAGCAGAGCUGAAUGGCACACAGUUCUGGUUUGAUAUAGCUGUGCAAAUUGAAUGCUAGCAUGAGUUGAAAUAAGAGUGUACAAAGCCAGUAGGUGUUUUAAGUAUGCACAUGUGUGCAAGUAUGAAUUGCAUGUGUUGGGUAUCCACACUUCUGAACCCAUGUGCAGCAUACAAAGCCUCUAAUACUAUGCUACAAAAGCUUCAUGCUUAGGUUAUGCUAGUGGAAGGAUAACACACUUGUAGAAGGAAAAACAGUACACAAACUAGUUGGACUGUCUUUGCUGAAACACUUGAUUUAGGUCUUGGACCCUGUUCAAAGACUUCUAUUAGAGCAUAGUCUCUCAAGACGGAAGGAUGCCUACUAGAUGAUUUAGCAAACCUUAAGCAUGUUUUUAAGGGACAUGGUGGUGCUCCGGGCUAAACCGCAGAAGCCUUUGUGUGCUGCAGGGUCAGAAGACCAGCAGUCAUAGGAUCGAAUCCACAUGAUAGAGUGAGCUCCCAGCGCUUUGUCACAGCUCCUCGCCAACCUAGUAGUUCGAAAGCAUGUAAAUGCGAGUAGAUAAAUAGGUACCAUCUCGGUGGGAA